AUGUCACCGUUUUUCAUUGAGAAGGCGGUGGCAUCGCUGUCAAAAAAUGUGACGGAAAUUAAGCGCCUCAGAUCAGGUGACUUAUUGCUUAAAUGUACCUCGGAAGCCGACUGUGAGCGAAUUCUGAACACACAGCAGAUGCUCGGAAUCAAAAUAUCAUCAACCUUGCAUAGGACUCUGAAUACCUCCCGUGGUGUUGUGUCGUUAGCUGAACUCAUUGAUGUUCCGUCAGAAGAGAUUCUUGAAAAUCUGAAAAGCCAAAAGGUGAUCGACGUAAGAAAAAUCAAAAUCAGGAAGAACAAUGAGUACAUAACGACACGCAACACGAUCGUCACAUUUGACUGCCCGACUUUACCAGAAAGGCUCAAGGUAGGCUAUCUGACUGCAGAGGUGCGGCCAUAUAUCCCUAAUCCACUCAGAUGCUUCAAGUGUAGCCGCUUUGGCCAUCCUUCCGAUACUUGCAGAGGUUCUGCAUCCUGUGCUUGCUGCAGCAAGCAGGACCACAACUCUAAGGAGUGCAGAGGGCCGGAUCACUGCGUCAACUGCGCAGGUGACCACCCUUCAUACUCUAGGUCUUGUCCAAAGUGGAAGUUUGAGAAAAAGGUGAUGCACAUCAAUGUCACACAGAAACUAAGUUAUCCAGAAGCCAGGAAGAAGGCAUCUCCGUUCCAGUUCCAGAAAUCCUUUUCAUCUGCCGUUAAAGAGAAACCAAGGAUGGUCUCAUGCGCAACACAGACAGAGAACACAACACAAAGUGAGGAAACAUGUACACCUCUUUCUGAGACACCACCUCCUGUAACUGUAACCAUAGCUUCCCAACCCUCUUCUGUGGCGUCACUCUCACAGGCGCCACUUUCAUCAUCGCAAACCGUGGAGGCAAGCUCCAUGGAAUGCGAUGAUGACACGAGCUCGCAAGGCUCGUUCGCGAGCGUGAGCUCACAAUCUCAAAGUGCAUGUAUGUGCAUUCUAUGA